AUGAGCUUCAACGUCGACUCUCCCAACGAGAUGGUGGUGGACACGGACGAAUACGUCGGCGAUGUCUCCGAAAAGGACCCAGUUGCUAUUAUUAGCCCCGACGACAAUGGCGAAUCCGAUCAACAGCUCCAGGACCUGCCCCUGGCAAACGACCACGAAGCAAUGAAGGAGCUUGCUCUUCCGCCGUUAUUAGACGAACCCAAGAUUCUCGGCGACUUCGAGCACACUUGGACGGUUGAGAACUGGCGUGGUCUCGGCAAGAGGGAACAUGGUCCCGUUUUCCACGCUGGAGGAAACCCUUGGCGCAUUCUGCUGUUCCCACAUGGUAACAACACCGAUCAGUGCUCCAUAUACCUCGAACAUGGCUUUGACACCAACGCCGUGCCCGAGGGCUGGAGCUGCUGCGUCCAGUUUGCUCUCGUGCUUUGGAACCCCAACGACCCUAGUCUCUACGUCCAUCACGCGGCCCAUCACCGAUUCACCAAAGAGGAAGGCGACUGGGGUUUCACACGUUUCGUCGAGCAUCGGCGAAUGUUCAAUGUCCCGUGGGAACAUGGCAGCCGUCCACUGUGCGAAAACGAUACUGCCAACAUCACCGCAUACCUGCGAUUCGUCGAGGACGAGACCGGCGUCCUCUGGCACAACUUCGUCAACUACGACUCAAAGAAAGAGACGGGUUACGUCGGUCUCAAGAACCAGGGCGCCACGUGCUACCUCAACUCGCUUCUCCAGUCGUUAUACUUUACCAAUGCUUUCCGCAAGGCUGUGUACGAGAUCCCGACAGAAAACGAGCAAAGCAUGCAGAACUCUGCGUAUACUCUCCAGCGACUAUUUUACCAGCUUCAGACCUCCGAACAGGCCGUCGGCACCAAUGAGCUGACUAAGUCCUUUGGCUGGGAGACUCGGCACAUCUUCGAACAGCAAGAUGUCCAAGAACUCUCGCGCAAGCUCAUGGAGCGCAUGGAGGAGAAGAUGAAAGGCACCAAGGCGGAGAACGUCCUGUCGCAAAUGUUCAGCGGCAAGAUCAAGACGUACAUUUCUUGCAUCAACGUGGACUACGAAUCGAGCCGUAUUGAGGACUUUUGGGACAUUCAGCUCAACGUCAGCGGAAACAGGGAUCUGCGCGACAGCUUAUUGGACUACGUUCAGGUCGAAAAGAUGGACGGCGAGAACCAGUACUUUGCCGGCGACCAGUUCAAGCUGCAGGACGCCAACAAGGGCGUCAUCUUCACCAGCUUCCCCGAUGUCCUUCACUUGCAGCUCAAGCGCUUCGAGUAUGACAUCCAGCGGGAUAUGAUGAUGAAGAUCAACGACCGAUACGAGUUUCCCGACGUCUUUGACGCUGCCCCUUACCUCACGGAUGAUGCCGAUAGGUCAGAGGCUUGGACAUACCAGCUUCACGGUGUCCUCGUCCACAGUGGUGACUUGAACGCCGGGCACUACUACGCGUUUAUCAAACCGGAAAAGGAUGGCUGGUUUUACAAGUACGAUGACGACAAGGUCACGAGAGCGACGAUGAGGGAGGUCAUGGAAGAAAACUUUGGCGGCGAAUACCGGACGCCCAAUGGGUAUCCCCGCGCACCUCUACAGAAGAAGGCUCCCAUCAUGCGCCAGAACAGCGCGUACAUGUUGGUGUACAUUCGCCAGACGAGAGUGGACAAGAUCCUCUGCCCCGUCACCAAGGAUGAUAUUCCCCGUCACCUGCAGGAGCGGUUCGACGAAGAGAAUGCACUGAGAGAAGCUCGUCGACGCGAACAGCGAGAGGCACACUUGUACAUGAUGGCCAAGGUCAUCACUGACGAGACAUUCCGUCACUACGGAAGCACGGACCUCUGCGUGUUCGACGCCAAUCCUGAAGUCGACCCCUCAGCGCCACGUUCUUACCGUAUCCGCCGCGCCAUGACGAUGGAAGAGUUUACCAACCAGGUUGCCGAGGACAUCGGGCAGGAUCCGCGCAAAGUCCGGCUAUGGCUCAUGGUCAAUAGGCAAAACAAGACAAUCCGUCCAGACCAGCCCAUUAUGGAUCUGCGGCCAACGGUUGAAGAGGUCUACAAUCGCUCAGCCGCCCAUCGCGACACGAGCCUGCGGGUCUGGGCUGAGGUUGCCGAGGAACUGAACGCCGAUGGUGAGCCCAUCUGGCCGUCGUACCAGAGCCAAACCAACGGAGUCGUUAUCAAGAACGACACGAUCCUGCUGUUGCUCAAGUACUUUGACAGCGCAGAGCAAACACUCAAGGGUGUCGGUCACGUCUACAUCGGCAAGGAGAGAAAGGUGGAGGAACUCGUCCCUCUGAUCCUGCAGAAGAUGGGCUGGGGAGAGAAGCUACCGGCUGACGAGAAGCUUCUGCUAUGGGAGGAAAUCAAACCGACGAUGAUCGAACCUUUGAAGCCCAAGCAGUCUCUCAAGGCUGCCGAACUUCAAGAUGGCGACAUCAUUUGCUUCCAGCGGACGUCUGAGAAGGCAGAUGCUGAUUCUACAAAGUCUCUGCAAGAACCGCUGCGCACCAACGAGUACUUUGAGGAUGCGCGAGAGUACUACGACUUUCUGGAGCACAGGAGGACGGUUAGGUUCCAUCCUCACCCCACCAGAUGCGAUCAGGACCAGUAUCCUCCGUUUGACCUAGUUCUCAACGCCAAGAUCAACUACGACACCUUGUCAGAGCGUGUCGGUAGCUACCUUUCGGUCCCUGCUACGCACAUCCGCUUGUGGACUGUCAACGCCACGACGAACAACCCCAAGGCUCCUGUGAGACGCGGGACCAACCCGAGUCUGCGGCAGAUCCUGAAUCCGAUGGGCUCCAACACCCUCAGCUCGACCCAGCGGAACGACGCUUUCUACUUUGAGGUUUUGGAGAUGAGCCUGGCAGAACUGGACACCAAGAAGAGCGAUCACUUUGACCUUUUGGUUCCCAAGACGGGCACCGUCGAGGAUGUGGUUCAGGCCCUCAUCAAGAAGGCGCAGAUCCCUGACGAAGCCGAAGGCGGGCCGAUUCGGAUCUAUGAGGCCAGCACAAAUCGGUUCUAUCGGGAGCCAUCGAGAGACAGCUCCGUCUCAAACCUGAACGACUACACCCAAAUCUAUGCGGAGCGUGUCCCCGCGGACGAGGUGGGCGUCGAUGAGAACCAGUUCAUCCACGUCUUCCACUUCCAGAACGAGGUCAACCGGUCUCAUGGCAUCCCGUUCAAGUUUCUGCUCAAAGAAGGCGAGACCUUUGCUGAUACCAAGAAACGUCUGGAGAAGCGGACUGGGCUCAAGGGCAAGAGCUUUGAGAAGAUCAAGUUUGCCAUUGUGCGACGGUCAAAUUACUCCAAACCCGCUUAUGUCAAUGAUGACGACGAGCUUUACGGCAACGUAUCGCCCGAGGACGACUUCUUGGGCCUGGACCACGCGGAUAGAACAAGAUCACUGCGUAACGGCGUUGGGGACUUGUUCCUUCGUUAG